CAGCGCAGGCGCGUACUCAACCCCCCGGCCUCCUUCGUCCGUCAGUCUGCCGCCGGCCAACGAGCGUCCCGCCCGUCUGAGCCCCUAGUCGCGCGUCGCGAGUGUUCCCCAACUCCAAGUGAUGACGACUUGUGACUAGUGCAAUGCUCGUGCUCCGUUGUGCCCUCGUCGCGGCUUUGCUCGCCACCGCCACCGCCGCCUGGCAAGAGAACGUCAGGCCCAAGGUCUUCGCGCAAUUAGUUUCAGGAGUGGAUGACACACACAAGUUCUUGGGCAAUGACACGCACACAGACUACUUUAGGCUAUUACUCCGAGACGGCAAUUAUUUACUUGUCGGCGGCAGAAAUGUUGUCUACAACCUCAGUCUGACUGACUUGGCCGAGCAGAGAAGAUUAGUUUGGUAUUCAACGGAAUCGGACAUCGAUAUGUGCGUUGUCAAAGGAAAAGAUGAGGAAAUAUGUCAGAACUACAUCCGCGUGCUGGUUUCCCUCGCUCAAGGGCGGCUGCUGGUUUGCGGCACCAACAGCUUCAAGCCCUUCUGCAGAGAGUACAGCGUGCAAAGAGACUCCUAUCAUAUGGAAAAGGAGAAGUCAGGCCAAGCGGUGUGCCCACACGAUCCGGAACAUAACUCUACGGCUGUUUACGCUGAUGGAGAGCUUUACUCUGGCACCGUGGCAGACUUCAGUGGCAUGGAGCCAAUUAUUUACAGAGAGCCGUUACAAACAGAGCCUUACGACUCCAUGACGUUAAACGCACCUGAUUUUGUGAAUUCAUUGGUGCACGGGAACUUCGUGUACUUCUUCUUCAGGGAGACCGCCAUCGAAUAUAUCAACUGUGGCAAGGCGGUCUUCUCUCGAGUUGCCAGAGUUUGCCGAGAUGAUCGCGGUGGACCCCACCGAUUCAAGCAACGUUGGACCUCGUUUCUCAAAUCUCGUCUAAAUUGCUCUGUUGCAGGAGACUUUCCAUUCUACUUCAAUGAGAUUCAGUCAACUACAGAGUUAAUUGAAGGCGUAUACGGUGGCCUCAAUGCCCAGCUUAUCUACGGCACAUUCACAACACCACCUAACAGCAUAUCAGGGAGUGCAGUAUGCGCGUUCAGCAUGCAGGACAUUGCUGAUACAUUUGAAGGGACUUUUAAGGAGCAGAGCGCGAUCAAUUCAAAUUGGCUUCCAGUAAAUACUGCAAAAGUACCAGAACCUAGACCGGGUACUUGUCAUAACGACUCGAGACAACUACCAGAUCAAACUCUAAACUUUAUCAAAACACAUGCAUUGAUGGACGAAUCAGUGCCAGCUUUCUUUGGAGAGCCAAUCGUAAUCAGAACUAGCUUUCACUACAGAUUUACGCAAAUCGCUGUUGAUCCACAAGUGAAAACACCCGGUGGAAAGGCUUAUGAUGUGCUGUUUAUUGGAACAGAUAACGGGAAAAUUAUCAAAGCAAUCAACGCAGUAUCAUACGACUCAAACAAACGGGCUGUGCCUGUAGUGAUAGAAGAACUGCAAGCAUUUGCAGCUGGUUCACCAGUCAGAGCAUUAAGGGUUGCCAGAGCUGGUCGUGACGCCGCGAGACUUAUUGCUGUGUCUGAUAGAGAGGUGCUCAGCCUGAGACUUCACAGAUGUUCUAGUGAGAAAAUUAGUUCUUGCUCUGAGUGUGUAGCCCUUCAAGAUCCUUACUGCGCGUGGGACAAACAAGCGGGACGGUGCCGAGCGUACUCGCAUGGAGUUAGUCGCUGGUUGGAUGAGAACUCCUUCUACCAGAGCGUCAGCACUGGGAGUCAUGCAGCUUGUCCUCAUAGCAAAGACGCAGGCGCUGUUGGUGGUCUCAGCUCGGGCUUAUAUGACGAUGCGCGAGGCGAGAAUAAAGGGGAGGUUAUCAAUAUCGUUCAAGACAAAGAUGGAAAAGGAAACAACAAUAAUAACGAAGGGCCAGAAGUCCUAGCAGCUGACCCGCCGCCAGCAGCGUACUCAGUGGAAACUUUAGCGCUAGCGGUGGCCGCGGGGGCUCUAGCUGCGCUGGGCGCUGGAUUCGCCGCAGGCUACAUAUGCGGUCGACGCUGCAAGAAAGAUGACGAUGAUAACAUGCCCUAUCCAGACACAGAGUAUGAAUACUUCGAGCAGCGACAGAACAUCAACAGGAUUCAAGCAGAACCUAAACUCCUACAACAAGUAGAAGAAGUAACGUACGCAGAACCCGUACUAGCUCCCCAACCUAAGCCCGCCUCCCCCCGCGCGACCCUUCGCAAGCACCCCCCCUACCAUCCGCACCACGAGACACUCUUCCAGUUCCAGCCGGACGCAUACCGCAGGGACAACUUCGGGACGCUCCGCUCCCACCAGGUCAAUGGCGAUGGGUACCGGCGCGGGAACGACAAUGGCUUCUCGACCACGCGCUCAGUGAAAAAAGUGUACCUCUGAGAAACAAGCGGGGUGGAGGCGCGCGACCAAAUGCAUCAUCAUAAGCAUAAUACGCACCACCACCACACGUUGGUGUCGCAGCGCAGCAGUGGGUCGGGAUCGGGGACCGCGAGCGGGUCAUCGUCGUCGCCUUCACCGCCCUCGUCCUCGCCGUCACCGUCUGGUGAGCGCCCGCCCACCCCACCGCCGCCCGCGCCUCAACCCUGCGCCUACAUCUACCGCAAUUAACGCGUUCGCCCCUACAAUCCGCCCCCACUCGCGUGGCCCGCCAACCCCGCCACCCCGCUGGAACGUUCAAACGAACCUUUGUUUUGACGCGUUCUAGAAAUCGAGGGCAUUCCCCGAAUGUGUGAUACGGACAUUAAAAUAUAAAGACAUUCCAGAAUGGUGCGUGAUCGUUAUUCGAACUGUGAAGAAUGGGUCACAUUGUUAUAAUGUACCAAUUGAUAGUGAUUAGAAUUAGUCCGCUGAACUUACUGAUGGUGCUUGAACAAUGAAAAUGAACAAAAAUCUGACAGCCAAGGUACUUGAAACACUGCAACGUUGGUAUAACGUGGUUAAUUAAUUAAGCGUUUCGUUGCUGCAACAUUGAGUUAAUUGUUAUUUGUAAUUCUGCAGCACAGUGACCUAUCGACCGUCCGUAAGAUGUAGUGAUUAUUAAAACGGCGUCAUCAGUUAGUUCAGCGUUGUUGUUUUGUCCAGAAACGAAAAAGAAUUUCGCCCGAAACGGUACCAGUGAACAAUACGUCAAGGAGAAGUGUUCAUCGAGAUACUUGUUAUGUUUAUUUCCAAACAUCGCGCGUAAAGUCGCAAUAAUAAAAGUAUCCAGUAUCUACAGAUUCAAGAGCCGAAAUUUGCUCGCCACGAUGCUUGUGAGUUAUGCACGCGAUCUAUUAUUCCCUUUGCUGAUGCGCGUAUGAGUUCACAAGCAUGAGUUGUGAAAUCAUGAGUAUGAGUUCGCAGGUAUAGUUUCGCGUGACAGGAUUCGCCCUGUCUGGACAGAGUCUAACAAUAAUUAACACUUGUUGGAUGAUGUAACGUUACAAUACAUCGUACAAGUGCGUUGCCUAUAAAAUUUAGAAUCUUAGAGCCUAUUUUUACAAAUUAAGAAAAAGAAUUUGUAAGAUAGGCUGAGAAAUAUAGCGUGUUAUUCGUGUAAUUUGUUACUACUUGGAUUGUAUACAAAGUCACCGUUUACGUGACAUAAACAUUCUUCCAUGCUAAACAAAAUAAUAUACGUACUCGUGAUUAUCCAG